UAGGCUCCAAGGGAAUAUCGGCAAGAUCACAUCCACAGCCCUCGCAAGGCAACAAAAUUGCAAGCGAUUGCUGCCAAACAGGUCGAUUUCGACCGAUCUCCUCCGCAUAUGUGGUUCUCUGCUGCCCUUGCCGCUUCUCCUCCCACCCACCUUGUCCUCGCGCGCACGGGGAAACGACGCCGGUGAGAUGGCUCCUUCCCGCACGGUGAUCUGCGUGGGUGACGUCCACGGCUACAUCUCCAAGCUGGAGAGCCUGUGGGCGAACCUCCAGUCCGCGCUCCCCGCCGACGCCUUCGCCGCCGCGCUCGUCAUCUUCCUCGGGGACUACAACGACCGCGGCCCGGACACCCGCCGCGUCCUCGACUUCCUCCUCGCGCUCCCGGCCCGCCACCCGGCUCAGCGCCACGUCUUCCUCUGCGGCAACCACGACCUCGCCUUCGCCGCCUUCGUCGGAGCGCUGCCGCCGCCCCCCGACGGUUCCCCUUUCGCCGCCACCUGGGACCAAUACAUCGACAAUGAGGCCCACGAGGGCUGGUUCCGCGGGCCGGGGCACGAGGAUAUGCACGUGCAGGGGAGGAGAUGGGGCGGCGUCAUCAAGGAGAGGUGGAACCCCAAGAAGGGCCUCCCGUACAAGGGCUCUAUCUACGAUGCGCAGCCCACCUUCGAGUCCUACGGCGUCGCCCAUGGAUCACCAGAUCUCAUGAAAGCUGUGCCUGAGGAGCACAAGAAGUUUCUGCAUGACUUGGUUUGGGUCCAUGAAGAGGAAGACGUUCGUAUUGAUACAGAUGGAGGCCAGAUUCUAUGCAAACUGAUCGCGGUUCAUGCCGGCCUGGAAAAGUCCUUGGAUUUGAAUGAGCAGCUUAGAGUUUUGAGAACUAGAGACACAAGGGUGCCAAAAGUUCAAAUGCUUAGCGGGAGGCAGGAUGUUUGGAACAUACCACAGGAUCUGGCCGGCAAGCAGACCAUCGUUGUAAGUGGGCAUCAUGGGAAGCUCCACGUGGACGGUCUCAGGUUCAUCAUCGAUGAAGGUGGCGGGUACGCAGAUAAACCUAUAGCGGCCGUUGUUUUCCCUUCAAAGGAAGUGAUCAGGAGCACAGAGGGAACGGCCUCCCAGAAUUAAUCUAGACACCAUCGGAAAUGCAAGCUAAUGUUUUUUGUUACUGUCGUAACAUGAGCAAUUGGACGACUGGUAUGUACAUCUGCCAAAAUGGAGUAUAAUAUUUCAAAAAACACAGAAUUGGGGUUUUAAUGUAUAAUGUCGAGGAAAUAAGUCAAUAAUGUGUGAUCUUCUCCUAA